UGACAGAACUUUAUUAUGACAUACGUCAGCCAGCAAGUUAAAAACUGGCAAGUUGGCUUUUGGUUGGUUGUGGGCAAAUCGUCGUUUUAUCGUGGGAAUUGUGCAUUUUCCAUCAUGAAUUUUAACGCCCAAGCUGGUCCCGAUGGUCGUGCACACCGCUCCGUGUCGAAGAAACCAAAACGAGUCAGUGAUGUGAAUGCUAUUGGUUCUACCAUUCCGUACCAACAGAUGACAUCACAAAUCCCGACGAACCAGUACAUGACCAAUGAUCCUAACAAUCUGUACGGACAGCAGCAAUAUGUACCACCACAACAGCAACAACAUUACCCGAUGGACCAGCAGCAAAAUUACUACAUCCCUCAGCCACAACCCAACCCAGGCAAUGUGCCCCGGCAAACGGUCCAGCCGGCACCGGUUCCGCCCGGCAUGGCCGGUGGUCAAUUUACAAUGUUUCAGCAACCGAUCGUGCAGGACAUGGCAAUGCAGUACGGGCAGAAACUGGCCGACCAGGGCAAGGAGAUUGUGCACAGCCAUAUCGAGAAGUACUUGCCAAUGUCCAAGCUGAAGUAUUACUUCUCCGUGGACAAUAGUUACGUGGUGAACAAGCUGAAAAUAAUUUUCUUUCCGUUCAUGCAAAAGGAUUGGGGCAUGAAGUAUGAUCACGAUAAUCCGGUACAACCUCGGUACGACAUUAACGCUCCGGAUUUGUAUAUUCCUUCCAUGAGCUACAUCACGUACGUGGUACUAGCGGGCAUUGCACUGGGCAUGCAGCAACGAUUCUCAUCGGAACAGCUGGGCAUACAAGCGUCGAGCGCGUUGGCAUACAGCAUUUUUGAAAUUGUUAUCUACACACUGACGCUGUACAUUGGGAACGUAUCAACGUCGGUGAGCACGUUGGAUUUGCUCGCCCUGACCGGUUACAAAUAUGCGGCGAUCGUGGUAACCGUCGCCGGUACGAUACUGCUGAAACGGAUGGGGUACUAUUUGGCGCUGCUUUAUUCCUCCGCAAUGUUGUCAUUGUUUCUGCUGCGCACUAUGAAGGCAAAGGUACUAUCCGGCCAGGACCAAGCGCAAAGCGCCGUCGGAUACGACCCGUACGGUGGACAGCAGCAAAUCGAUCACAGUGCAGGACGCAAGCGUAAGCUCUACUUUCUGUUUCUCUUGACUGGGCUACAGCCACUGCUGACGUUCUGGCUAACCGUGCAUCUGAUAGUGAACGAAACUACUGUACCGAGUGGGUAA